AUAGAUAUGGUUCUGACUAGAUGGCUGAUAAGCGGAUUCCGCUCGGAUUCAGGCUUUUUGGGCGGCGCAACGACGACUCUGACGUCGAAAUAAGCUCCUCCCAUGAGGCGGCAAAAGAUUAAAGAAUGGGCAAACUCUCCCUAUAAAUGGCUCUGUGGCAGAGAUACAGUUGGCGACAUCUGUCGUUAGGCACGUCGGCGGCUACACGCGACAGCUGCCGAUCAGCACGUGCAAAUAUUAAAAGAUUGGCUCAUGGCCAUCUUUUGCUUUGACGAAGUACAAGACGAAAGAAGACGAUUUUCCUGGCCAAUCUCCCUUUAGUGGCUCACGGCCAUCAUCUCCUCGGAUGAAGAAGAAGAAGACGAUUUUCUCGUGCGGUUCUGUUCUUGUGUCAUCGGACGAAAAAGGCAGGAGCGUCGGUCAUGGACGGUUCUAAAGACGGCGGGAAGGAUGGAUCCAAGCCCAGGAAGAGAUCUAUGUUCAUAUUGGAAAAUGAGGAUGAGGAGGACGAGCACGAAAGCGUUCCAGUCAAGUUUCAGAUAGCUCGCAGGGACAGCAUCGGCUUAAAAGGGAAAGACAAAAAGCCCAAAGAUGGGAAGCCAAAGGAGGAUGAGGACAAAGGUGAUAAGGGUGCUGAUAAGGGAAGUGACAAGAAAGAUGAUCACACGGGGGAAAAGAAAAAGGAAGAGAAGAGUAGCGAAAAAAAAGAAGUAAAAAAAGGCACGGACGACACGCUUGCAUUAGGGAAAGGCCCCAAAUUCGCGGGUGUGAAAGAGGACACAGAGAAGAAGGAAAAAGUAGAGGGAAAAAGUGGUGGAGAAAAGACGAAGAGCGAAGACCACGUGGAUCACAAAGAUGCCAGUAAAGGAGAUAAAGGCGACGCCAAGAAAGACAAAAGUCCUCAGCCUGCUUCGAUCCCCGUCAAGAAGCCCGAUGACACCGGCGGCGAAAAGAAAGCGGGGAAAGGUGAAGACGAAAAAGGGGCCAUUAAAGAGAGCAAAAGUGACGCCAAGAAAGACAAGGGAGCCGGCAAGAGCCCCCAACCUGCUUUGAUCCAUAUGGACAAGCAACACGAGACCAGCAGCGAAAAGAAGGCGGGCAAAGGCGAGGAGGAAACAAGUGCGUCCAAACACGAUAAGAGCGACAGUAAGAAAGACGAGGGAGCCGGCAAGAGUCCGGAACCAGCUUCCAAGGGUGCAGGCAAACAGCAGGAGACUUCCGGCGAAAAGAAAGCCAGCAAAAGCGAAGGUGAAACAGCGCCCCCGAAGAAACGAGCUAAGAGCAUCGACGAAAGGAGAGACAGCGAGGUAGUGCAUAGCCUGAUCAAGAUGAUUGAAUCGCCAUCCCCGAAGCCCAAACGGGCAGAGUCGAAAACGAGCACCAGAAUAUCAACGAACGAACCAUCGACGGAGCACGAAAUAACAGCACGAACUCACAUCUCUAGAACUCCAUCGAUCAGGACGGUUUCACCUGCAGCAUCUCCUCCGGUUCCAGUAACACAACCAUCAACACCUGGAAAGCGCAGCGCCUCACCGUUUUCCAAAGUAACGGCUCUCAUCAACAAAAACUACUAUCGCAGUGUAUCGGGUUCAUUGGGUUUACUGGAGAUCCUCGGAGCCGGCGCUAUCCUGCUGGCCCUGAGCCUACGCGACUGUUACUGGGACGCCUAUAUGCUGCUCUACAGCCUGGCCACCACGUACGGCACUCUGGGCUGCAUGUUCUUCGUAAAUGGGAUGGCAUCCGGAUCCCGUGCUAACGGCGUAACCGGGGAUGUUUUCGAAGAGCUGCCCUUCCUGGUUGCCGCGCAGUACUACUGCGCCGGAUACCUGCUUUUUCUACUCGUCGGAAUCGUUGCCCUGGUGAAGUCGCACGAAGAUUUCUAUGCCGUCGUCGCGGGCACAGUGGCCAUAAUCGAAGCCAUGGCCCUCUUAGCUCACGGCAUUUACAGUGUGCGCCACAGUUAGAGCGCUAUAUGCGAAACGUGCGGGAUCUAGGAGAACGUCACUCCCCAUACUAUACGUUGACGGUUCCACCCUACAAUGGAGUCUCCUCACUGAUAAUUAUCGUUUCCUUGUUACGAGCUAAACGGGUCAGUGCUAGCUGUGGUGUCCUGUCCUGGAGGUGGUUCGAUUUAAACAAAUGCGCUAAGAUUUCGUAAAUUUUAGCGCCGGUUUCUAGUAGUAUAUAACAUUUAAUUGCGGCGUAGUGCAAGCGAACGAUGCGUUUUGUAAAUGUAUAGAAUAUAUUUGUGUAUAUUUGA